AUGAGCUGGAGUGGCAGUUAUGCACAAAACUAUAUGAUCGACCAAAACAAGCUGGUCCAAGCAGAACAAGAAUAUGACCAGUUUAUUGAGCUUUACAAAAGGAUCAUUGAGCAGUGCCGCGUGAAAUGUAUCCCAACCCACUAUCACGAACCCGAUCUCAACAAAGGCGAAAUGGUGUGCAUCGAUCGGUGUGUAUUCAAAUACGGCGAGAUUCAACGGUUGUUGGCCAAAAAGAUGGAAGAAAAGGACAAGGAUACGGAACCAGCAUCAUUCAGCAGCUUCGCAUCAACACCUUCAGGCGACGACAUGCCAAGUACACUGUAG